UCGAGCAAUUGGACAAUAAUCAGCAAACAGAACUGGUAUACUGUUACAUAGUAACAAAGCAUAACUAAGAUUUUUCGGAAAAAAAAGUUAUUUGUUAUUUUUUUGUUAUUAAUAACGAAUAACUUUUUUUGUUAUUGUUAUUAAUAACAAUAACUUUUUUUGUUAUUUGUUAUUGAUAACAAUAACUUUUUUUGUUAUUGUUAUUGUUAUUAAUAACAAAAAAUAACAAUAACUUCUCACCCCUAUUCUCUUGUAUUAACUUUUAUUGCUGAAAAAUCAAAUACUUUCUAAAAUACAAGUUUUAAAUUCACCGUCUCGUUUAUGAUUAUUUGAUACAGACUAGUCUCAUUAUUUUGAAAAGUAUCUAAUUUUUCACUUGUUGAAGAUUUACUAAUUUAGUGUCUUAUUUUUUUCAUAGUGGAAUUUAGCUUGUGAACAUGAAAGCUGGAAAAACCUUAUGAAAGGUGCAAUAACCUUUUUAAUUGCGAAGCUCAUUGGUGUUAUAAUAAUUGGCAUUUUGGCUGAUCGAUAUGGAAGAAAAUUAAUGCUUUUAAUGUGCCUUUAUAUACCGGUGCUUUUCGGAUCUUUAGCUGCUUUUACUACAACCUAUACUCUAUUUCUUAUCCUGCGUCUUCUUUUGCUUGUUUUUAUUAUGGUUAUUGAAUCAUGUGAAUAUAAACAUCGAGCACAAAUUGGUUGUCUUCUUCUUGCUUCUAUACCUAUUUUUGGUAUUAUUAUUGGUGUUACUUAUUUUUUUCUAUCAGACUGGCGUCAUAUGAAAUUGCUUGGUUCAUUGAUUACUACUUUAACGCUUUGCUAUCCAUGGUUAAUACCGGAAUCUCGUCGAUGUACACCAGCAGCAACAUUAAGUUUAAAUAAAAUUGGUUCACCAGCACCAACAACAAUGAUCUAUGAUAAAUCAAUCUUAUCCACAAAUACUCGUGGUGUUCAACAAGGUUCAAUAUCAUGUUUAUUAAUAAAUCAACAAAUUCGUACAAUAACUUGUUGUUUAUUUAUACUCUGGUUUCUUUCGUCAUUCUGCUAUCAAUCUACAUCUUUUCCAACAAUAUUUUCACAUCCUGCUAUAAAUUAUGUUUUGAUGAAUGCUACGGAAUUUUUUUCAUUUAUUAUUGCACUUAUUGUUGCUUAUAAAAUUGGUCGUCGAGCUCCAUUAGCUGUACUUAUUUUAAUUAGUGAUCUUUCUUCUGUUUCAUUAGCAAUUACAUUACUUGAAACAGGACAUACAUGGCUUGAAAUAAUAUUAUCAUUUGUUGCACGUGUAUGUUUACGAACUUGUUAUUGUCUUCUGAUUUUAUUUACAGCUGAAAUUUAUCCAACAUCAGUUCGAACAACAGGUUUGGCCAUUGGACUUGCGAGCGAAGCUCUAGCACGAAUCUCAGUGGAACUUCUUCUUUAUUAUACAAUUAAUCGAUUAUUACUUUUAUUUAUAUCUGGUGGUAUGCUAUGUGUUAGUUGUUGUUUAAUAUUUCCAUUACCUGAAACCAUGCUCUAUGAUAUACCUGAUUCAUUUAAUGAUCUUCAAUCAUUGAAACGUUCAUUAGGAGAUGAAAAUGGCAAUAAAAUAUUACCACAUAGUUCUCAUUAUCAUAUGAUUGAUUUAAUUACACUUACACGUCCUCGUUUAUCAGAAUCAAAUACAAUAGCAUCGGAUCUUAAUGAUUUAUCUUCAUUACAUGCUAAAACAAUUAUAAAAUCACAACAACAAGGAGAUGGUGAUGAAAAAAGUCUAACGCUUCGUUCUCAACCUGAAAUAAUCCAAUUACAUUCAAAUCCAUCAUCAAUAAAAGGUCUAUCAAAUCGAUGUUAUUUUGCAUCCUCAAAUGAUACAAUUGAUCAAUUUGAUAUUGAACAACAGGCAAAUAAUCGAGUAAUGAUUAGUAUUCGAGGUGCACAAAAUAAUAAUAACAAUAAAAACAAUAACAAAGAAGAACGAGAAAAUACCAAGUUUUAA